UAUUAAAGAUAAACAGAGGAGCUAGAUAGAAUACGGAGAAAAAAUAUACAAAUUUUAAAUGAAAGAUGUAUUAAAUAUAUAAAAAAUAUAAGAAAAAACCAAGACAAUCAAUCAUAAGUUAAAGGAAACUAAGCCAAAAAUAAUUUAAGCCAAUUAGCUAAAUUUUACAAAUAAAACAUAAAUAAUACUGAAAAAAUAAGAAAAACUAAUGUAUAUAUUUUAUGUUUCAAUAGAAAAACUAUAAUAUAUUAAAUCGCGUGUUUGUUGAGUUCAAUUAUUAACUAAAAAGUAUUGAUUUUGCUAACCUGUUAUAGAAAGGCAUAACAAAAAUUAUUACAAUAAACGGAAAUAGGAAGUUGCACAGCAACCAUUUAAACAAAAAGAAAAAUCGAGGGAAAAGUUACGUGUUAAUAUCAUUCACUCACCCACAUACAUAUAUUUAAAAGCAACGCAAACCUACAAACACCAAUAAUACUUCACUCAAGUGGCACUAAUUCAAUUUAAAGUCAAAGAACUUAUCUAUCGUACAACUAUUUACUUUAACAACUUACAAGUUCAUAAGGAUAAUAAAAGAUCAUUGUAUUUAAGAAAUAACACAAAUUAAAACACCGUGCGAUAGCAACCUUUCUUGAGCAAACGUAUUAGAUAAAUCCGCCAAAACGCCUUAUCACACGAAUAUGGAACGUAAACUUUUAUAUGCCUUUCGGGGCUGGAUAGCAUUUGUGGCUUUUAUGGAUUUGGGAACUGCUUUUCGAAGUUAUAUAGAGCGUCGAUCAUUUCUAGAUCAUGCAGAUACACAAUUUAUAGAAGGUGAUUAUACUGUAUCUCGCAUAAUUGGCAUGUAUUGUCUGCUAAAAGCAUUAGCAUUGGUUCAUUGUACUCUGUACAUACAUUAUCGGCCUGUGGUCAGCAUGGGUGGAUGUUCUUUAGCUUUGACUAUGAUUUUAUAUUUGACAGAAGCUUUGUAUUUCCGUUCAAGUACAUUGAAUUUCUAUGUCAUCUUUCCAUGUGUGUUAAAUUCAAUAACAUUACUUGGUUUAAUUUACAUACCAAAACGUUUACGACUUUGGGAGCCAAAUCUCGAUAUGGAUGAUGAAAAUUCGCAAUUAUUAAAACAAAUGGGUGGCUUUAAACGCAGACGCGCUAAGAAAACACAAUGAAUGGUUUAAAGCGCCUAAAUAAAUAGUGAAAAUUGAUGUUAAUUAUAGAAACUUAAGUGAUAUUUUUACGAAUAUUGAAAAUGAUUUAACUGAUAAAACACAAUAUUGCCUUUAGUCGUGCAAGGAGUUUUAUAUUUUUUUAGAAUUCAUUUCAUAUAAAAAUUACAAAAAUAACAUUUACUUGACACCCCUUUAGCAAUAUUGUGUUUUUGUUGCCACGAAACCCCCCUUAAACACACAGUAUUGUCCAAAAAAACGUAUACAAAUAGAAUUGCACUAAUUUUUAUUAUACACUUUACAAACAAAUAAAAAAUUAUCUUAUCACACCGACAAAAAAAAGAAAACAAACGUUUGCCUACAUUUACCAAAAAAGAAAAUCAUCUAUUUUUAUUAAAUCAUGCCAAUACUUCCGUUUUUAAAGUUUAUAUUAUAGAAACAAUUUACUGAUCUUUAAACUAUACACAUAUGUAUCUAAGCUUAUAUUUGCUUGAAAAUAAAACUAAAUUAAUAAAUGUUUGAUUACUUGGAAGUAGUUGCUAGUGUUUAAUAUUUAUGUUUAUCAAUUUGUAAAAUAAUUCAAAUUUAAAAGUUAUAACUGAUAUUCUAUGCAAUUUUUUAUAAGCAAUAAUAGCUAAUAUCUCAAUUAUAUAAUUAUAAAAAAAGUUUUAAAAAUAAUAAAUAAAUUAAAAACAAGUUAUAAUAAAAUAAAAUAUC